UUUCAGUUCUUCUUGGCUGUAAUUGCAUCUUUGGCUUUGAUCUUGGGUGUUCAAUCUUUUGUAUUGCCCUAUAAUGUUCCACAAGUUGUUGGUGGUGGUCUCUCGUAUACGGCCGUUUCAUCUCCCUAUUUUCCCUAUGCCGCCCAUGGCCUUGGUGUUUAUGGCCCAAGCGUUGCCGUGCAUGCUCCCUUAGCUGUUCCUGGUGUACAGGGAACAUAUGUUGCUAAGACUCGUGGAGCUGUUCACACUGCUCCUUUGGAGGGACACUUGAACUCUGUUGCUAAUGUUAAUGUUGCACCGGCUCCAGGAACAUUGUAA